AUGCAGAUUGGGCUGGUAAACUGGACAGGCGGGUAUCUGACUGGGGAAUGCUACGGCGACGGCGUCAGCGUCUUGGGAAACACACUGGGGAAGAAACAGACCUGGGAGCUGCAGGUGACCACGAGGCCAGGGAAGUUGACGGUGGCCGUCCUGAAGGGCCAGCAAGGGCGGUGCCUCCUGGUGGACGCAGAUGGCACCGUCCGGUGUGGUCACCCGACCUCAGGGCGGCAGAGCCAGUUUCUGCUGGAGGUGCACUCCAGCGGGGCCUGGAGCCUCCAGCAUCUGGAGAGCAAGAAGUUCCUGGAGUCGGACGGGGAGGACGUCUUCUGCACCUGCAAAGACCUGACAGGGCGCAACAUGUGGAUGCCUCACCUGGCCAUGCAUGCCCACGUGGUCCUCUUCAACCCCAGCAGCCGGCUGUACGCGCGGGCCGACCCCGAGCUGAACCGCGUCUGGGUGGACACGCCGGUGCCUUACUGCGAGGAGUGUGGCUUCGUUCUGAGGCUCCGGUGUGGCGUCUGCCACCUGGAGACCUCCAACCACAAGUUCGUCUCCCGGCUGGAGAAGCUGGCCAAGAAGCCCUCGGACGAGACGGCCUUCCACCUGAACCUGAGGCCCGGCUGCCUGGCCUUCCUGACCGACAGGGAGGGGCGCAUCCUGUACCCGCAGGGCAGCCGGGGGCUCCUGUGCCUCGGAGACUGCCCCGAAGACAACGAGGAGUGGUUUGUCAUCAAGAGGUGCCCGCAGUGGGUCAGCCUGAGAACCAGGGCCAAGAAAUACCUGGGCAUCCUCUGUGACUCUGAGGUCUACGCAGGCUCCAAAAAGCCGACCCCCAUGUCCACGUUCCUCUUUCAUGUCAGUCCCGAUGCCCAAACCGUGCAGCUGAAAGACAUCAACCACAAGUACCUGGCGCAGAGGGAGUUCCAGAGUGUGAUGGCUGACGGCUGCAGCAAAGAACCCGAGACCCAGUUCAGCAUCUUGUGGCAUUAUGGGAAAAUCUUCCUGAGGGCGCUCAACGGCCGCUACCUGGGCACCCUCCCUGUCGGGCUGGUGGUUGCCAGAGCCAUGCAUCCUGGGCCCCACGAGGAGUUUGGCCUGCGCCUGGCUAACCGCUCCUUCCUGCUGCUGCGUGGCUGCUACGGCUAUGUGGGGAGCUCCUCCUGCCACGAGGCCUUGCAGUGCAACCUCCUGGAGCCUGACUGCAUCGAGCUGCUGCCCUGCAAGGAGGGCAUCUACCACUUCCAGAGCCGCGGCAAGAGCUUUUGGUGCCUGACUUCGGAAGGGACCUUCAGCCCCUGGGGGAAGUUUGCCUUGAAUUUCUGCGUCGAGAUCCGAGGGAACAACCUCCUGGCCGUGCUGGGCCCCAACGGGUACUUCCUGCGUGCGGACAGGGAGGGCUGCCUCGUGGCCGACAGCGAGGAGGUGACCUACGAGUGCCUCUGGGAGUUCUAG